AUGGGUAAAACAAUUGAUGCAUAUACAGCCGAAGCUAUGGCUAUGAAGAAGGGUCUGCAACUUGCAGAUUCUCUGGGUAUUCAUAAACUGCUAGUUCACACAGAUUGUGCAGAAUUGGUCAAGGAGAUUAAUCAAGGAGCAGUUAAUUCAGUAGCGGCCCCUAUUUUUAAUGAUUGCUUUGAGAUUUGUAAUAAUUUUGGCCAUGUUAGUUUUGAGCAUUGUGCGCGUGAUUCGAAUCGCGUGGCUCAUGAGCUGGCUAGAAGGGCUAGGGUUGAUCCUCCGGGUGUGUGGACGGACAAUCCUCCCUCUUUUAUCCGUAGCCUUAUUUUGGAUGAUUUGUCGUUAUUGGAGAUGAAAUAA